AUGAGUCGCUUGGGAAGGCGAAGCCAUACCUCAAAACCACAUAUUGCUGUGGUUGGUGCUGGACUUGCUGGUCUUCGCUGUGCGGACAUACUCCUUCAGAAUGGCUUCCAAGUUACCAUUAUCGAAGCCCGUAAUCGGGUUGGUGGGCGCCUGCACCAAGAGCUUCUCCCAAAUGGACAUCUAGCCGACGUAGGGCCAAAUUGGAUACACGGAACCGACGACAACCCCAUGUUGGACCUUGCCAAGCAAACAAAUACCGCUGUCAGUGACUGGGACUCGACUUCGUGUGUAUUCGGCGAGAAUGGGGAGCUCUUCUCACUCGAAGAUGGAGAGAAAUACUCCACCAUCAUGUGGGAUAUCGUUCAGGAUGCCUUCAAGCAUUCUAACAACUCUUCGCAUGAAAUUGAUUCCAGGGAGAGUCUCCACGACUUCUUUGUACAGAAGGUAACUGAGAAAGUGCCAAGCACCGACGCCGAUUACGAGAGGAAACGAAAUAUUGUGAUGCAAAUAUCCGAGAUGUGGGGUGCUUUCGUAGGAAGUCCCAUUUACAGGCAAAGUUUAAAGUUCUUUUGGCUGGAGGAAUGCAUCGAAGGCGAGAAUUUGUUCUGUGCUGGAACUUAUAAGAAGGUAUUAGAUGAAGUUGCGAAGCCCGCUCUCGAGGGUGCUGAGAUCAAGUUCGAAACCAAGGUUGACAGGAUAUCGUAUCAAACGAAUCCCGAGGACAAGGCUAAGGUCAGAAUACAAAAUGGCCAAACGCUCGACUUUGACGAGGUUGUUGUGACAGCACCUCUUGGAUGGCUAAAACGAAACCUCGAUGCUUUCGAGCCUGCGCUGCCUGCUCGAAUAACCAAAGCAAUUGGGGCUAUCGGUUACGGAUGCCUUGAGAAGGUUUAUGUUAACUUUCCCAAGGCCUUUUGGCUGGAAAAGGAAGGCGAUAACCGAAAAGCAGAGGGGUUCGUACAAUGGUUGUCUCCAAACUACGUUCCUGAUCUGAACCCAAAGAGGUGGAAUCAAGAGGUUGUGGAACUUGCAAGUCUCGGCCCGGAAGUGUCACACCCUACGCUUCUGUUCUACACCUACGGCGAACAAUCGAAGUACAUUACUGGGGAACUAUCCAAGAUGUCGAAUCCUAAGGAGAAGGACGAGUUCCUUCUCAACUUCUUCAAGCCAUACUACUCACUAAUGCCACACUACUCAGAGAGCGACCCUGAUUGCAAACCUUCUGGAUUCAUGGCCACAGAUUGGCUUCACGAUGAGCUUUCUGGGUUUGGAAGCUACAGCAACUUCCAGGUUGGCUUAGAAGAAGGCGAUACGGACAUCCGGACGAUGCGGGAGGGUCUUCCGGACCAUGGAUUGUGGCUGGCAGGCGAACAUACGGCGCCGUUUGUCGGUCUAGGCACGGCGACCGGGGCAUACUGGAGCGGUGAGGCGGUUGGGAAGCGUAUAGCGGAAGCUUACGGGCGGGCCAAGUAA